AUAAAAUAGCGGUAAAAUGUGGUAAAUCGCUGUUGUUGCUUUAUUUUUGCUGGAAGCAUGCGGAUUUGUGUACUGAGUACUUCCGCUUUAAUUAAGCCACUCAACAACGGCUUAUGCAGGUAGCUUGCUGGCUGUUGUUGGCAAGCUAAUAAUUUUGACAUGGAAAAACAAUGAGGCCUAAUCGGGGACAGUGGAAACAAGUGUCAAGUUGGAGCUCAGGAAUGCAACGAUAAAAAGGUAUGGCGUCCCAGCUUCAGGCUUUCUCCUCGCCCUCAGUUUCUUCUAGUGGUUUUACCCGCUCCAAGAAACUGAAGGUUGAGAACUGUGCAUGGGAUGCAAACAGCCAAUCAGGUGAGAGUAGUUGUUACCCACAAAGCCCCAGUCAAGCCAAUACCUCCUCCCCUUCUGCUUCUGGUUUCAACACCAUCUACACCUCCUCCAACCUGGUAUUCCCUCCAUCAGGAGGGGCCCGGGAGCAUACAGUGGUCCGUGCAGCUGACAGCACAGGGAGCAUCCCAGGGCCCUCCUCCUCAUCCUCCUCCUCUUCAUCAUCUUCUUCGUCUAGCCACCGGGGAAAGGAUGAAGCUUCGUCAUCUCAGCAGGUUGAGGGUUACUCGAAGCGGUACAGCCUGAAGAGGAAGAGCGAAGAGGUGGACAGCAGUGACAGUGUGCAGAUACUUGAGGAGCUAUCCGCCCCCGUGUUGUCCAACCGUGUGGCACCGGGUGGAGGUACCACCACUGCACAGUCAAUCGCUCACUCCACCUCUACCACAAAGAGCAGCAACUCCCACAGUGAGGGCGACUACCAGCUGGUGCAGCAUGAGAUCCUCUGCUCUGUGUCCAACAGCUAUGAGGUGCUGGAAUUCCUUGGCCGUGGAACGUUUGGUCAAGUGGCCAAGUGUUGGAAGCGUGGUACAAAUGAGAUAGUUGCAAUCAAAAUCCUGAAGAACCAUCCUUCAUAUGCCCGUCAAGGUCAAAUUGAGGUGAGUAUCCUGAGCCGACUGAGCACGGAGAACGCGGACGAGUUUAAUUUUGUGCGUUCCUACGAGUGCUUCCAGCAUAAGAGCCACACCUGCCUGGUAUUUGAGAUGCUGGAGCAGAACCUGUACGACUUCCUCAAGCACAGCAAGUUCAGCCCCCUUAUGCUCAAGUGCAUCCGACCCGUGUUGCAGCAGGUCGCCACGGCGCUGAUGAAACUCAAGAGCCUGGGCCUCAUCCACGCUGACCUCAAACCGGAAAACAUCAUGCUGGUGGACCCUAUCCGCCAGCCCUACCGCGUCAAAGUCAUCGACUUUGGCUCAGCCAGUCACGUCUCUAAAGCAGUGUGCUCCACCUACCUGCAAUCUCGGUACUACCGGGCCCCAGAGAUCAUCCUGGGUCUGCCUUUCUGUGAGGCUAUAGACAUGUGGUCUCUUGGCUGUGUCAUUGCUGAGCUCUUCCUUGGCUGGCCGCUGUACCCUGGAGCCUCAGAAUAUGAUCAGAUUCGAUAUAUCUCUCAGACCCAGGGGCUGCCUGCUGAAUACCUGCUCAGUGCAGGCACCAAAACCAGCCGCUUCUUUAACAGAGGUCCCGACUCCAGCUACCCACUGUGGAGACUUAAGACACCUGCGGAACAUGAGGCAGAAAUGGGAAUAAAGUCCAAGGAGGCUCGGAAAUAUAUUUUCAACUGUCUGGAUGAUAUGAUGCAGGUUAACAUGACUAACCUGGAAGGCACAGACAUCCUGGCAGAAAAGGCUGACCGUCGGGAAUUCAUCGACCUGCUGAAAAAGAUGCUCACGCUGGAUGCCGACAAGCGAAUCACCCCCAUGAAGACUCUUAAUCAUCCAUUUGUUACCAUGACCCACCUGCUCCAUUUUCCCCACAGCUCCCAUGUGAAGUCCUGCUUCCAGAACAUGGAGAUCUGCAAACGCAGGUGCACUGCCUUUGAGAACAGCAAGAACCUGUUUGCCACCAACAACGCGCCCAGUGCAGCCACCAACCUGACGGUCACGUUUAGCAGCCAGCUCAACCAGCACAAUCAGAUGGGCUCCACGGGGGGCCAGUCUCUCUCCCUUAGCAGUAACGUUCCUCUCCUCAACUAUCAACCCGGUCUGUACCAGCAGGCCACCAUCAACAUCCCCGGCCUGACCCAGCAGAGUGUCCCGCUGCAGGCCCGACCCACCCAACUGUGUGCCCAGACCGAGCCCUUCCAGCAAACCCUCAUCGUCUGCCCCCCCACCAUCCAGGGGCUGCAGACAUCUGAUAAGCACUCUGGUUACCCAGUGAGGAUGGACAACAGUGUUCCCCUCCUCCCUCAGAACCAGUCCAACCAGGCCUUACACAUUCAGCCAGGCAUGCUCACACAGGCUUCCUGCACCCCUCUGAUGGUAUCAGCCCCGAACCCCCCUUUGGUGGGAAUGGCACUCCUGUAUUCGGUGCCGCUGGCACCGGCCUGCUGGGGCAGGAGACCCAGCCAUCUGGAAGAGAGUAUCGCGACGCUGCAGACCUGGCCAACAGGCACACAGCAGAUCCUUAUCCCAUCAACCUGGCAGCAGAUGCCAGGCAUGACCAUCCAUAACCCAGGCCAGAAUGUGGUCACUGACUCGCCCGUGGGCACCGUGCUCUCUGAUGGCUCCGGACAGCAGAAUGCCAACUGGAGGAGCCGUCACAGUGGACAGUGCGACGGCUCACAGCAGGAUGCAGGGCAAGGACGUCACGCAGCCUCUAAUGCCCUCAGCGCGGGCACAGGCACCAGCCGAGCGCAGCCAAGCGGAGGGAAAAGGUCCAAAGGCAGACACGCCGAGAGCAGAGCAAGGUAUCUGAACUCUCCUGUCUGCAGCGGUAACCAGUCCCAGCCAAUCGUGAUCUCUGACACGCCCAGUCCUGCUGUCAGCGUCAUAACCAUCCACAGCGACACGGACGACGAGGAUGACAGAAAGUUCUCCGCUGCAAAAUGCGGUGUGAAUCAGAGGGCUAACGUGAUCAGCUGUGUGACUGUCCACGAUUCUCAGGACUCUGACUCCUCCACCAGUAGCCCCCUUAGUCCCAAGCACUUGCCCAACUUUGUGGAAACCAGCACACACCUCUCCAAGUCCCUGGCCAUAGUAAUGCCUUCGGUCAAGACCCAACCAGUGGAGGGUGGGGCACCAGACGUCUCUGGUAAGCCUAAGAGGGGGUCAGCCUCUCAGUCUGCACGGUCUGGGACAUCCAGCAGUGAUCGCCACCAACGAGCUGCAUCCAACAGAUCCCAGCCCCUUAACCUAAGCCAGGUCCAGCAGUCCGUGAUGUCAUCUCACGAGAGAGUGGCGAGCGGAUCUCUUCGGCGUCAGCCCACGUACCCCCCCGCGGGCCCACCCCACUCCUCCUACCGUCUGCAUGAGUCGUCUCUCUUCGGCUCGGCCUCCAGCCUGUACGCCUACCCUGCCUCUGCCGCCUUGGCCUCCGUGUCCCAGGCCGUGGACCAGCUGCACGGCUCCGGAGGCUCCUCCUCCUCCAGCUCCGGUCGCCACGCCCGUGCCACGGGCCCGUACUCGGCCUCUCUGAGCCUGCUCCAGAAGAGCAGCGCCAUGGGCCUGUUAGGCCCAGCCUCCGCCCAGUACCAGCAGCAGCAGCAGCUGUCAGCCCAGUCCUACCAACGCUCUGCGCCAUACUCCCUCAGUCAGAGGAAACUCCACCAGUACCCUUACCUGUGAGAGAGAGAUGAACAUGCCAAACAAAGCCCUCCCUGGCUGAUGAUUUGAUAUCUAGUACGC